CUGCGGGCAGAGCGGCGGGAGGCCGGCCUGCGAGGAGCGCGGCGGGGAAGGCAGCGGCGCUGCCGGCGGAGAGGACCCGGCGGCCGGGCCUGCGUGGGGCCGCGCGCCGCGGCGUCGACUUCCUCCGCGCCGGGCAGGACAGCGCAGGGCCAUGGCCGAGGCGGCCGCGGCUCCGAUUUCUCCGUGGACAAUGGCAGCUACAAUUCAGGCCAUGGAGAGGAAGAUUGAAUCACAGGCCGCUCGACUGCUUUCUCUAGAAGGCCGAACUGGGAUGGCAGAGAAGAAGCUGGCUGACUGUGAGAAGACAGCUGUGGAGUUCAGCAACCAGCUGGAGGGCAAGUGGGCCGUGCUGGGAACCCUGCUGCAGGAGUACGGGCUGCUGCAGCGGCGUCUGGAGAACGUGGAGAAUCUGUUGCGCAACCGGAACUUCUGGAUUUUGAGACUUCCCCCUGGCAGCAAGGGCGAGGUCCCCAAGGAGUGGGGCAAGCUGGAGGACUGGCAGAAGGAGCUCUACAAGCACGUGAUGAGGGGCAACUAUGAGACGCUGGUCUCCCUGGACUAUGCCAUCUCCAAACCCGAGGUCCUCUCCCAGAUUGAACAAGGCAAGGAGCCAUGCACUUGGCGUCGCGCUGGCCCCAAGGUCCCGGAAGUUCCUGUGGACCCAAGUCCAGGCUCCGGCGCUCCAGUUCCUGCCCCUGACCUCCUGAUGCAGAUCAAGCAGGAAGGGGAGCUCCAGCUGCAGGAGCAGCAGGCUCUAGGUGUGGAAGCCUGGGCAGCUGGACAGCCAGAUAUUGGGGAAGAGCCCUGGGGCCUCAGCCAGUUGGACUCUGGGGCAGGAGACAUCUCCACAGAUGCUACUUCUGGUGUCCAUUCCAACUUUUCAACCACCAUCCCGCCCACUUCCUGGCAAGCAGAUCUCCCUCCCCACCACCCCUCUUCAGCAUGCUCAGAUGGGACACUGAAGCUCAACACAGCAGCAUCCACAGAAGCAGACGUAAAAAUUGUCAUCAAAACAGAAGUCCAGGAAGAGGAGGUGGUGGCCACACCUGUGCAUCCCACCGACCUGGAGGCUCAUGGGACUUUGUUUGCACCAGGCCAAGCUGCAAGAUUUUUUCCUAGCCCUGUCCAGGAAGGAGCCUGGGAAAGUCAGGGCAGUUCUUUCCCUAGCCAGGACACGGUGCUUGGGCUGCGGGAGCCCACUAGGCCAGAGAGGGACAUUGGUGAGCUCAGUCCUGCCAUAGCACAGGAGGAGGCCCCUCCUGGGGAUUGGCUCUUCGGUGGUGUCCGGUGGGGCUGGAAUUUCCGGUGCAAACCUCCAGUGGGCCUGAACCCAAGGACGGUGCCUGAGGGGCUCCCUUUUUCCUCUCCUGACAAUGGAGAUGCCAUCUUGGACCCCAGCCAGGCCUCAAGACCCUUCAACGAUCCCUGCAAAUAUCCCGGCCGGACAAAAGGCUUUGGUCAUAAGCCGGGACAGAAGAAACACCCAGCAGCGCCGCCCGGAGGCCGGCCCUUCACCUGUGCCACAUGCGGAAAGAGCUUCCAGCUGCAGGUGAGCCUGAGUGCUCACCAGCGCAGCUGUGGACUGCCUGACGGGGCGGGCACGGGGGCAGCUUCUACCGCUACUGGAGGUGGAGGUGGAGGUGGCAGUAGUGGUGGUGGCGGCGGAGGCAGCAGCGGAGGCGGGGGUAGCGCACGGGACAGCAGCGCCCUGCGAUGCGGGGAGUGUGGCCGCUGCUUCACCCGCCCCGCACACCUCAUCCGCCACCGCAUGUUACAUACUGGCGAGCGGCCCUUCCCUUGCACCGAGUGUGAGAAGCGUUUCACAGAGCGUUCCAAGCUUAUCGACCACUACCGAACGCACACUGGUGUGCGGCCUUUCACCUGCACAGUGUGUGGCAAGAGCUUCAUCCGCAAGGACCACCUCCGCAAGCACCAGCGCAACCACCCGGCAGUGGCCAAGGCGCCUACCCAUGGGCAGCCACUACCACCACUGCCAGCUCCUCCCGACCCCUUCAAGAGCCCCGCAGCCAAAGGACCCAUGGCUUCCACAGACCUUGUGACUGACUGGACUUGUGGCCUAAGUGUCCUGGGACCCACUGAUGGUGGAGGGGACCUGUGAGGGCCCCCAACCCUUCUAUGGUCCCUGCAGGCCACAAAUGUACAAAGUCCCGUGUGCAGACAGCAGGGUGGCCAGAAAGCUCAGAAGCAAAAAGGGAGACUUGGCAGAGAAUCAAAUUUCCCUGUUGGUGAACUGAUCACUGGAAAGAAACUAUCAAUGCAGCCUCCACCUAAAGAGAGUAGGAUUCUGACUGUGAGACUGAACACCUUAGUAGAGUCUUAAGUAAUUUAAUUACAAACCCAUUUUUGUUUUUCUCUUUAAUUCUUGAGAAAAAAGAUGGAAGAUAGUAGCAACACCGGUUGAAGUUCUGAGGUGUACUGUGGCUUUCAGGGUUGUGUGUCCACCUUGUCUUACUGGUGUUGGAAAGGUGGUCAGUGGGAAGACCAGGCAAAGGCAUUCCCAGCCUUGGACCAUACAGUCCUAUGGCAGGUGAGUUCCCAUUCUGUCCAGGCAGCUGGUCUGAACCUUAGGCCCUGGGUGAUGAGGGCACUGGGGCCUAGACAGCUUCCACUCAGCAGUAAGGACUCCUUACUUUCUGAAAAGACCCUAAUGCCCAGCCCUGACUUUUCCCUUUUUGAGCCAUCGGUGGUACCUGUCCAAGGUGGUAACAUUCACUGUAGUAGUGACUCCUGGGCCUGGCUAGGAAGAGUUGUAUUGCGCUGUAGUAGUGUUAGAUCUGGACAGUGUUGGGCCCUUGAACAUGAGGUGACAGAAAGCCAGGGCCACCCAUCUUGGGCUAUGUCUGUUAUCCAUAGAUGCUUCUCUUGGCUGCCCAUUGUGCAGUAUGUUCGUUUUCAAAAUGGUUCCACCUCACAUUGGGAAGCAGCAGAUGGGUGGUUCUUUAAAAAAAAAAAAAAAAAAAAAAAAAAAGGGCUCAAAGGGGACACAGCCUCUAACUACAAGUACUGUGUGUUCCAGGAACUGGGAAGAGCUCCAGCUGAGUCUCAGCUCUCGUGGAACACCAGUUUAGGGAAGGAGAGGUUUUUGAGGUCUUGCCCUCUUAAAAAAUUUGUCCCACACAAAUGGAUCAGAUCAUCAAGACACAGAGAACGGCCUCGGCAGCUCAAGCUGGACGGCCCCCAGUAUGUGUGCUUCUGCAUGACUAGACACACAGGUAGUUGGAAUGCCAGGUAACUGGGUAAGUGGCUUCCUCAGGCUUGCCUGGAUUAUCUUCACAAUGGAAUUAGAGCUAGGUCCAAGUUUCUGUCAGUACAGUGCUGUCCCCACCACACAUAGCCAUUCCCAUUUUGUUAAAGCAGCCACUGGUCCUCUUCCACAAGUGGGUAAUGACUCCCUGAAGAGGGCAGAGACCAUGGUGCCCAUUCAACUCCCUUCUGCGUACUUUUAUUAGAAAUAGACUAGUUAAGAAGAUUGUUUCUAUGUACUGUAUAUUUUGUACCUGUUUACACUUCUAAUAUUGAUAUAACUGAUAUUUUGAAAAACAAAUGAACAGAAAACAUUCUGUUAAAAUAAAACCUAACCAGCACCAA